GGCUCGUGGUUUAGUGGUAUAAUACUCCCUUAGCAUCUCGCAGCUUCUAAAGAAGCUCCCGAAUUCCUGACUGGGAGUGGUCCGGGGUUCGAUUCCCCGCGAGUCCAAAUCUUUUUAUGCUGUUUUGGAUCUUUUUGCUAUCGUUUGUAUCUUUUUGCUAUUGUUUGCAUCUUUUUGCUAUUGUUUGCAUCUUUUUGCUAUUGUUUGCAUCUUUUUGCUAUUGUUUGCAUCUGUUUGCAUCUGUGGAGGUCGGAUGGGGGGCUUGUGGGUGUGCUGGUGAAAAUUUUGACAUAGUCAAAAUUGGGGAACAAACGGCUGGAACAUUGAAACCCUAGUCUAGCAUAGAAGAUAAGCAGAUGGCGAUGUGAUCGCGCUCCUUUGUCUGUCUGCUACGUC